AUGCAAACUUUUGACAUCCUGAUUGCUUCAGGGCCCUCUUUCAACUCAGUUUGUUUUUCUUCUGCUCCUCUUCCUCCUUUUUCUUCUCUUCCCCUGUGGGGAGGGAUCACUCAGGAAAACAGGAAAGGAGGUUCCAGCCCCAUAUGCCCACCCUGCCAGGUCAAGCCUGAAGGAGCAGGCAGAGUGGAGGGCAUGAGCCUACUUCCCAGCUGGCUGUUUGCUGAGAGCAGGUGGUGGGGACAGGGCUGCCAGACGAGAGCAGGGCUGUCUUACCUCUGUUCCCCCGGGCCAGGCGUGGCUGAUGCUGUGGACAAGGGCUGGGGUCCUCCUGGAGGACAGCAUACCAGCCGAGAGCCAGGGGCUGGUCCCAGCUGUGCCACUUGCCCUGUGGCCACAAACAGGUGA